AAAUAGGUCUUGUAAUAUUUACAUAAUUAUACAUACAUAUUUAUAUUUAUGUGUAUAUAUAUACUAUAAAUGCAGCUGAGCUUAUUAUGGCUACUUCUUGAUGGAUGUUUGUAGAUAAAUGACUAUUUAUAAACAAGAAUGUUUGCGCUACGUGGGCAGCCGAUUGCAGUAUUAAUAUAACUAUUUUCCUGGCACGGAAUACAUGUUGAAUCAACACUUGUUACGCAAGAAGUCCUAUCACUGUCGUACAGAUACUUAACCUUCUCGCUUCAUUAAAGUGGUUUGAAAUUAGAAUUUUAACUUUCAUUAUGUGAAAUAGCUUUUCAAUAUCACUAAUAAUGUUUACUUUCAUAAAUUUUUUUCUCCAUCCUUUUGUAACCUACCUGUAUAAAUAACAUCCAAAAAGGUCAAAAUGUUAAAAGCAUCGUAUGGCCCCCGCCUAAUCCUCCUGAAGACGAACCACCACAAUAUAAAAUGAGUCCAAAUUCAAAUUACGAUGAACCUAGUCGAACCGUGCUUUCAACAAGUACAAUUGAAAAUAUACCACUUACCCCGUACAAUACACAGCAAUCUAUAAAAGAAAUUGCUACACAAGAAUAUGCUUCUGCAUCCUUUUCAUCAACUGCUAUGUCAUCAAUAAAAACCGAGUCAAUGGAACAACACAUGUCUCAGACGGAACAACAGAAUACUAGUAGGAUUACUAAGUCUGUUGCUCAAGAAUCGUCUGUAAGCCAGAGUUUUGUUUAUCAGUCUCAGGGAUCUUUUAAGGAGGUAUUAGGUCGUCACGGAGACCAAAAUUCGACAACUUCAAAUAUGAAAUACACAGAAGGGGAAUUGGAAAAUAUAAGUAAUACUAGCUUUGAAAAUAAGAUGGAAGCAAACGGAGAUAAAAUCGAUACAACAAAAAUGAAGGAUAAUGAUUUAGAGCCUAAAAAAAUUGAUGAAUUAUUAAUUUCUAGUGAUAGUGUUAACACGCCAGAAAUAAUUGAACAUAAUAGCAUAGAGCAAUUUGAAAGCAGUGAAAGUAACUUUAAGCAACAAACUGAUAAUAUUGAUAAUGGUUCCGCUAAGAAACCUUUGCAAACUGAAAAUAACAAUGAGGAUCAAAAAACCGACACAUUUGAAAAAAAUACACUCAACAGUAAUGUUUCCGAAUCUUUCACCCAAACUUAUUCAGGAGGAUCUAUGUUAGACGCUUUAACGAUCGCCCCAGAACGUCCUUAUUCACCGUUACCAUCACCUCCACAACCAGUUAAUUCACUGUUGUCUCAAACUCCGGUCGAAGAGAGUAAGCAAUGCCACGAAGAUCAGAUUGUAACAGAAGAUGAAAUUUCAAAUGAUUUGUACGACGAUAGUGAAGGUAUUGAACAGAGUGUAAUAAAAACAGAUAUACACAUACCGGAUCCUUCUCCAAUAUUUACUCAACAAUUAAAAAGAGAAAUAACGCCUAUACCACCGCUCAAAGUAUAUAACCCUCCAAAAACAACGGAAGCCCCAGUCCCAAUGCCUGUAGAAACAAAACCGUACAUUCCGCCUGAUUUUACUAUAAUCGCGGAGCCUAAAACCUCCCUAUCGGUACUUCGAUCGUCUUCCUGUUCUCCAAUGAUUGAUGCGUUAACCACAGCACCAGACAGACCUUUUACUCCAAAAAUUACACCUGUAAGUGCUACUGCAAUAGAACGUGGGUCCUUAAGAGAGGCGCUUACUAUUGCUCCUGACCGACCAUUUAGUCCGUUACCUAUAAAUAUUACAAAUCCACCUAAUCAUUACACUGCUACAACUACAGUGCAAACCCACUCUAUUGCGUCGGAAAUAUUAAAACCAAUAGCGACUCAAUCUACGAACCAAAUAGCUAAUCAGGAUAAUACUCAGAUUUUAGGUAACAUACAAAAUACAUACGAAUUGCAAUCUUCAUCUCAGGCAUCCGCUUUUAAGCCAGUUUCCAAACAAGCCUGCGUUCCUCAAAAUCCACAAGAACACAGAUUGGUAAAUAUACCUCCAAUGCAAAUGAAAACGAAACCUUCAUCCAUGUCAGAGUUCACUUCGAUGCAGCAAUCAAGUUUUGCGUCAAAUUAUUUAAGAAACCAAGGCUUCUCAUCUGUUAAGGCAACGCAACACUACUUUGAAGAAUUAGAUAAAAAGGAAUCACUAUCGUCAACAGCAAUAAGAUCGAAGUCUGGUUUACAUAAACCAGAUAGUAUCCCUCCUUAUCAGAAAAAUAUUGAGAUGCUUCCAUCUCAAAGAGGUAUAUCACCAGACAUGUACAGAGAAAAGCCAAUACCUCAAAGGCCCGUGACACCAAAUACCGACCCUCCAACUAAACGUCACGAAAAAUCACAGGAACGACAAAUGAUUGCAGCAACACCACGUAGAGAUAUGCCAAUAUGUAAUCCACCAACAAUUAUAACACCAAUAGAACAAACUCCAAUACCACAAAGCUAUUUACCCGUACAUAAAGAAAAUCCUAUAACUAUGACCUUCCAGCCCGUAUCGGAGGGUAAUUUCAUGAGAGUUUCACCAAUACGCAGUCGGCCAUCUACACCCAGUUUAAUCAAUAAACCUGCUCCUAUAAUUCCACACUAUCAGAUGAAUUUAGUACCGGUAGAACAUUUGGCACCAGAAACGCAUUUAUACGAACCUACUAGUCGCGAAGGAAGUAGGUCACCUACGCCUAAGCCAAGAUCUCGUUCUCCGGCACCUGGACCACCACCUAAUCCUUUAAAAGCACAUGCGCCUAGAAUUAAAGAAACUACCAGCCAGGGUUAUAUGCAGCAAGCACAUUUACCACAACCUACAUCAAAUAUUCAAAAAGGACAUGAGAUUUUACCAAUGCCAUCCGAUACUGAAAAUUAUAGUGCGUAUUCAACGAGACAAGCUGCUCAAGCUCAACAGCCUAUGGUUAAUCAGCAAAGGUUUGAGAAUAUGGAGUAUCAAACUGAAAAUUAUACUAAAGAUGAUAUUAAUGUAAAAGAAGACUCAUUAACUAGUCAACAUUAUGACCAAAGACAAUUGCAAUCACAGAAUGUUGCAGAAUAUGGAAAUACAACAGUCCAAACAACUCGUAAAACGUUUGAAGAAUUUGGACGAACACAAUCUGCUAAAGUUGUAGAAAUCAGACACGGAGGUUCGUCAUCGUUUGGUGGAUAUCAGUUAACUCAACCUAGUAUUGAACCGAGUAAUGUUAGUGCUAAUCAAAAUUAUCCAACGUCUUUUUCAAAUUUGUCUACUCCCCAAACGAUUUCAUCAUUUAGUUCUUCGAUUAAUCCUACUAAUGAGAACAUUGCAACCGCUAGUAGUAAAAUAAAACAAUAUCAACCAACGCCUUCGAGUUCUGGUGCUAACCAAGGUCCAGUGUGUGAUCCUACCCCAUCGACAGGUUCGAGUGUAGGGGCUGCCGCACGUGGCAAAACUUUUGGUGUAUCUUCGGCGCCGAAACGAGGAAGGGGAAUUUUGAAUAAACCUGCGCUGCCCGGUUCCCGCGUGCCUCUUUGCGCAUCCUGCAAUGGAAAUAUUAGAGGACCAUUCAUCACCGCUUUAGGCCGUAUCUGGUGUCCAGAGCACUUCAUAUGCGUGAAUGCAACGUGUAGACGUGCGCUCCAAGAUAUUGGAUUCGUUGAAGAAAAUGGCCAGCUUUACUGUGAAUUCUGUUUCGAACAGUAUAUCGCUCCUUCGUGCGACAAGUGCCAUGCUAAAAUUAAAGGCGAUUGCUUAAAUGCUAUUGGAAAGCAUUUCCAUCCCGAAUGCUUCAGCUGUGUCUAUUGCGGAAAAUUAUUUGGUAACAAUCCGUUCUUUUUGGAAGACGGACUUCCAUAUUGCGAAGCAGAUUGGAACGAGUUGUUUACUACGAAAUGCUUCGCCUGCGGUUUCCCCGUGGAAGCGGGCGACAGGUGGGUCGAGGCGCUCAACAAUAACUACCACAGUCAGUGCUUCAACUGCACGGUGUGCAAAAAGAACCUCGAAGGACAGAGUUUCUUCGCCAAGGGAGGUCGACCUUUCUGCAAGUCACAUGCACGCUAAUAGAUCUUCUCAAAUCAUUUAUAAUUCCGAUACCGUGUACACGACAACAACAUUUCGUCCCGUCUCUUCUUCUCCCAUUUCCACUGUAGAAAUAAAAAAACCAUCACCGCAAAGGACCAGAAAGCUGGAAACACCCCUCCACUUCGAUGGAGGAUUGUUUUCCGACAUUACGAGCGCUGAUGGAAAGGUACUCAGUAAAGUAACGGUAGAUAGAGUACAGCGGUCGACGCGGCAUGACGUAACUAACUCACCAAGUGUUGACUUGCAUGACAAGAAUCCUAACGUCGAUGACAUAAUUAAAACUGAAACUAUAACAAAUGAAGAUGUAAUCACCGUCAAAUUCACUCCAAUACCACUCGAAAUUGAUUCACCACGCUUGCUUACACCAUUGCUGUUAAAUCAAGCAAGAACGCCAAUAGAAUUGAUAAAGAAUGACUACGAAGAUUUGCAGAGCUACAAAAUUGUGGGUUCUUUGUGUAAAGAAAAAAUGUUCGAACCUAAUAAAUUAAUGCCCUCGGUAAAACAAAA